AUGGGGGGGGUGGAGCCCUUGUCCUUUAAUUAGUACAUUGGUAAUGUCCUUAAACAUGUACAAUAGCCCCAUCUUUUGAUACCCCUUAUUUAUUAUAAUCUAUCACUUACUAUAUGAAUGAAAUGAUUCAAAAUAGAGUACUCACACCUAAUUGAAGCAACCCCUCAUUUGUCCUUUUAGUAACAUGGCCCUUCAAUUUACUAUAUAAACCACCAUCUUAUACAUCGACGAGAAAAAAAAAAAAGAUCCAAAUUGUGCGUUAGAGCUAGAGAUACAGAGAAAUAGGAGGGGAGGGAAUUGAUGGGGAAUAGUCUCAGAUGCUGUUUAGCUUGUGUGUUGCCCUGCGGGGCCCUCGACGUGAUCCGAGUAGUCCACCUCAGCGGCCACGUGGACGAGUAUAGUCGCCCGAUCGCCGCCGCCGAGGUGCUCGCCGCGAACCCAAACCACGUGCUCAGCAAGCCGUGCUCGCAGGUCGGCGGCGGCGGCGCGCGGUGGAUCCUCAUCGUGUCGCCCGAGUCCGAGCUCAGGCGCGGCGACAUCUACUUUCUGAUCCCUGCGGCGUCGACGUCUGUAUCGUCGAUCGCGGAGAGAAAGAAGAAGUGCGCACAGAAAAUAAAUCAGCAACAACAGCAGCAGCAGCAGCAGCAAUCGAAAAAGUCAGCAUCGAUGAGCGACGAUGAGAGUCAUAAUCGUUACUUGGCGGAAGUAAUGUCGGAGAAGCACUCCGGGGGGCCGAGGAGGCGACGGAGCGGGGCUCGGGUCGCGGUGUGGCGGCCGCACCUCGAGAGCAUUUGCGAGGAUGUUUAGCGUUAUUUUUCGACGGGGCCUGUCGCUGCGCCGCGCGAAAUUUUAUCCUUGCAAAUAGUUGGAGAGGAGGAGGGGGUUUUCGGGGAGUUGGCUAAUCAUGUAUUAAUGCAUGGGUAACAUUUCUCUUAAUUUCUGUGAUUAUUGGCUUUUUUUUAAAUGAAAUCCAUGCAUGUAAUAUAUAUAUAUAUUUUUUAUCCCUUUAACUCUGGAAAUGAGUGGAAAUUGUUGAGAUUUUUGUAUAUUAUAUAUCAUGAUGAUAUUUUCCUUGGGUAGAGAGAUAUAUAUUAAUGGGCUCGAGGAGGAGAGAGAAGGGUUUGUAAAUCAUAUGGGGUGUACUUUUUGCUCUUCUAGGUUGUAUAAAGGUGAAUAUAAAGUUGUGCUUUAUCUUUUAUUUUUCUCUUUAA